UAUCAGGAGAAAGACAUUGUCGGAUGACUCACUGUUUCCUCAGAAUGAAAACUGCUUAUCUGAAAGAGGGAAACUAGACGCAACGAUGUGGCCGUUUAGAGGGAUUUGGCGUGCAAGGUUACUUCUCUGUCCCUUCAUUUUGAGCAUAACUAUCGGCCCUGCAAACCUCAUAGAAAAUGGGGACGCUGUAUCAACACCGGAUUUUCUGAGGCGCAUAGACUGUAUUCCUGAAGCUGGUGGAGGAGUGGAUAAGGUCACCACAGAGGUCUGUCAGAGGCGGGGAUGUGUGUUCAAUCCCUCGGGAUCCCCACAUGUGCCCAGCUGUUUCCACAACCCCAAGAACGGAUACAAGCUUACCGGGCGCACGGACACGAAUUUGGGUGUAUCGCUUAGCCUUUCCAGGGUGGGCCCAUUUCCGUUCUCCAAGGGUAUCCAAACCGUGCAACUUGACAUCGAGGAGAGGGACAAUCAUCUGUUACGAAUAAAGAUUUCAGCCGCAGCGGUUGACCGAUACGAAGUGCCGGUUAAUCUAGACAUCCCAAAUACUCGAGCUAUGCAGUCGCUUUUCGCUGUAAACAUCACCAGCGAGAAUCCCCUGAGCUUUCAAAUCAUUCGGCGAUCUACAGGAACGGUAAUCUGGGAUACUCAAGUAGGGGGUCUCGUGCUGUCGGACCAGUUUCUGCAGAUCGCCACCUUGCUACCCUCUGUAAACGUGUACGGAUUCGGGGAGAACCAGCAUCAUUCUUUGCGUCAUGACCUCAAUUUUACCUCCUGGCCAAUGUUUGCAAGAGAUCAACCUCCAGCCUGGGAACGCAACAGUAACCUGUAUGGAGUACACCCAUUUUACACAUGUGUGGAAGGCGACGGUAAUACGCAUGGGGUUUUAAUACUGAACAGUAAUGCUCAAGAAUAUGGUUUCACGCCAGCCCCAAUGCUCACAUACAGAACGCUUGGGGGGAUUCUUGACAUAUAUUUCUUCUUUGGUCCUGAACCAGAGGCGGUUAUACAACAGUACACAAAGGCCAUUGGUAGACCUUACAUGCCGCCAUAUUGGGCCCUGGGUUUUCAGCUGAGUCGUUAUGGUUACAAAAAUGUUGAUGACGUCAAGGCCGCUGUGGAUCGCACUCGAAAUGCUCAGAUACCAUUGGAUGUGCAAUAUGUUGAUAUCGAUUAUAUGGACGAGCGAAUGGACUUUACCGUUGACCCUGUGAAUUUCGGAAACUUGUCAUCUUAUUUCGGACAGUUGAGGUCUGAGGGUGUUCGAACCAUUGUUAUACUUGAUCCGUGUUUUAUAACAAACGUCACACAAUAUGAGCCAUACGACAGGCUGAAAGUUUUCAAUGGUGCUGUUAAAUGGCCCGCCGACUUUGAACCGCCACAAGACAGUGUAGAUCACAAUGGUGCUCUCUUGGGAUAUGUUUGGCCCAAGGGUAAAGUCGUUUUUCCGGAUUUCUUCAAUCCUAAAACACAGUCGCUCUGGAAAGACCUGAUCAUGAAAUUCCGAAAACAGAUUCCAUUUGACGGAUUAUGGAUUGAUAUGAACGAACCUGCCAGUUGAACCAAUGAUGAGAAACCUUUUAACUGGCCAGAUAAAGAUAAGCCCUACUGGAGCCUCAAGUGUGGAUUUAACAACUGGGAUGAUCCCCCAUAUCGGCCCCUUGCUGCAUAUGUGCACGACAACCCCGGAUCUGAAGAUGUAGAACGACAAAGGGCCAAAAUAUCAGACAAGACCAUCUGCAUGAAUACGGUGCAAGGUUCCAACGGCGAAUACCAGCAUUACAACGUGCAUAAUUUGUUUGGAUGGAGUCAAACAAACCAACCCUGGAUGCCACAAGAGCGGCCACAAAUCCCGAAGUGUCGUGAUUUCUCGGUCAACGUUUCCGGGGUCUGGAAAAAUACUCUGGACAUUGGCUGGGUGAUAACGAAAGUUCUUGGCCUCAACUGGUCUACUCUAUUAUAG